AUGAGAGCAAGCCAGGAUAAUUGUCCUUUAUGCGACAAUGUAUUAAGAGCUGAAGAACGAGUAGUGGUUGGUGAGAAAGGGGCUGAAGGAAUCAACCGUGCCAGCAUUGAAAUUGGUGAUAGGAUCGUUGCAUGUUCUGGGACUGUAGUGCACAAAAAAUGUCGCAUGAAUUACAUCAAUAAGAAGCAAAUAGAUUUGUAUAAGAAGGCAAAGUUCACCAAGCCGUCCCUACCUGUCAAACGAAGUGCACGCGCUUCUAUUGGGCCUUAUGACAGCAGAACGCAUUGUUUAUUCUGCGGAAAUGAAAUAGUAAAGGCAUCAAGUAGUGGCGUAUAUUCUGAAGAAUACAGCUGUGUUAAAACAGAUACAUUUGUGGAAACAGUCUUGUCGCAUUGCAAACAGCGUAACGAUGAUUGGGCAUUUACUGUUCAAGGGAGAAUAGAGUACUUUGGAAAGGAUUUGCAUGCAGCAGACAGUCUGUAUCAUCGGUCAUGUGACAUUCAUUUUCGCACAAAUAGAGGUAUUCCCAUGCAGCACCAAGUUGGAAUUACUGAAAAGAAAGCACGCAAGGUGGGAGGCCAAAGGAUGCUGACCAAGAGCAAGCAUUUAUAAGGAUGUGUUCCUUCUUCGAGGAAAACGAUGAAGAGCAACUAACAGUAUCAGAUCUUGCUGAUAAAAUGGGUGAAUAUCUGGUAAAACAAGACUCUGUUGCCUAUGGUAAUCAAUAUCUGAAGUCCAAGCUGUUGAAACAUUACGGUGAGUCAAUAUUCAUAGCCGAGGACAAUGGGUUACAUGACAUCGACACUUUCCGUGAGAAGACCAGUAGUAUCCUAAGGGACUACUUCAGUAAACCGGAAAUGGAUGAAGGAGCCCGAAAGAGCGCUAUUAUAGAGACUGCAGCCAAACUCAUCAAGAGCGACAUUACGUCAAUGAUUCCACUUUCAACAGAUCAGUAUCCAAAAGCUUCAGAUGUUGAAUUAAAUUCCGCAUUAGAGUAUGUUCCACCUAGCUUACACUGCUUAACCAAAAACCUCCUUGUUGGAAAGGAUAUUCGCAGGAAAGAAGCAAGUAUUGGGCAAUGUAUCAUCCAAGCUGUACGAUCUAGGGCUGUAGUAGCCCCAUUACAGAUUGGAUUAGCAGUGCAGAUGCAUCACCAUUUCAGGUCACGAUUUCUAGUAGAUACUCUUGCGGCAAUGGGUUAUUCUUCCUCAUAUUCCAAAGUUCAACGUUUAGAGGAAAACGCUGCAGCAUCUGUUGCUCCGGACGUACUAGGUGGUGAGAUAAACGCACUAGAUUCAGCCCUUCUGUUUGCAGCUAAUAACGUUGAAUAUAACAUCAUCACGUUAGAUGGAAAGGGAACAUUUCACGGCAUGGGGAUGAUAGCAGCCAUAACCCCAGGAAGGCAGACCAGUCACACUGUUCUCAGACAAAAGAUCGCGCAGUUAAAGAUUGUUGAGCUAGCUCAAGUUGAUAUCAAAGAAUAUCGGUUCGCGAAAUACGCCCGAAACAACAUUAAAUUCGAUCCCGUGCCUUACUUUGACGGCCAUGCCCACAAGGUUGAUAUAUUGUGGGCAAUGUCCUUUCGCUUCAAGAAGUCCGCGCCAGGCUGGCAGGGAAUGAUGCAUUUGUUGCACAAAGAUUGCGAUCAUCCAGGACAAUCUUCCGUCGUCUUUCUACCAAUAAUUGACAUGUAUCCUGGAGAUAAGUCGUACAUCUUCUCCACCCUCGAAUACUUGUGCAAUCUUGCUAAUUGA